AUGGAGGCAGAGCAACACUCUCGAGACACUGAGAAGCCGGCAAGUCUUUCAAAGACUGUUUCGGUGCGGGAACAGCAGGCUCCCUUGGGAACGUCUGAUCUGAGAGAUACUGACAAGCUACAUGCGACUAAGGCCAUUGUCAUCAGAAAAACCGAAAUUUUGGCCAGUCAGUACGAUCGUUGGUAUUAUAGAAUAAUUCUCCUAUUCUCUGCUUUUCUCUGUGGCUAUGGGUAUGGUCUCGAUGGCAAUAUUCGUUAUAUUUACACAUCGUACGCCACAAACUCAUAUGCUGAGCAUUCUCUGUUGUCUACGGUGAAUGUUAUAAACGGCGUAAUUGCAGCAGCUUCGCAAUUGAUAUAUGCCAGGUUGUCAGAUGUGUUCGGUAGAUUGUCACUCUUUUUAACUGCUGUAGUUUUUUACGUGGUUGGUACAAUCAUCCAAUCGCAAGCUUACGACGUUCAAAGAUUUGCUGCCGGCUCGAUUUUCUAUAACACCGGCUACGUGGGAAUUAUACUAAUUUUACUGCUCAUUUUGAGUGAUUUUUCGUCCUUGAAAUGGCGACUCUUCUAUCAAUUUGCUCCAACGUGGCCUUUUAUUAUCAACACAUGGAUUUCCGGUAAUAUCACUGCAAGAGCAAACCCUAUUAACAAUUGGUCUUGGGACAUCGGAAUGUGGGCUUUCAUCUUUCCAUUAUCAUGCGUUCCCAUUACACUUUGCAUGCUGCAUAUGAGAUGGAAGGCUCGUAACACUCCUGAAUGGAAAGAGCUGAAACAAGAAAAGUCAUAUUUUCAAGAGCAUGGCUUUGUUAAAACCAUCAUCGAACUUUUUUGGAAGGUUGAUGUGGUUGGAGUUUUCAUUAUGACCAUUUCGCUGGGAUGUAUUCUUGUGCCUUUAACACUUGCCGGUGGGACUAGUUCGAAAUGGAAUGAUUCGCACGUUAUUGGACCUUUCGUUUUGGGUUGGGUACUUUUACCAAUCCUGAUAUUGUGGGAAAAAAUAUGGGCGAGGGAACCUUUGGUUCCCGCCGGCUUAUUGAAGGAUCGCGCUGUAUGGGGGGCUAUGGGUUGCUCUUUCUUGAUCGAUUUUAUAUUCUACAUGGCCGCCGAUUAUCUAUACACCGUUAUGAUUGUAUCAGUGAAUGAAUCGGUUUUGUCUGCAACCAGAAUAAGUACUCUUUCGUCCUUUGUCUCGACAGUUUUCUCUCCCUUUUUCGCCAUAUUCAUCACUCGCUUUACAAGGCUAAAGCCCUUCAUUGUUUUUGGAUGUGGGCUAUGGAUGCUUGCUAUGGGCCUGUUGUAUCACUUCAGAGGUGGCGAAGGGUCACAUUCUGGUAUAAUCGGAGCUCUGUGUGUUUGGGGUGUUGGCUCAACCCUUUUCACGUAUCCAGUAAACGUGUCAGUACAGGCAGCAACUUCGCAUGAAAACAUGGCUACGGUGACAGCUUUGAAUUACACACUAUAUCGUAUUGGUUCAGCGGUUGGUGCUGCGGUUUCUGGAGCAAUUUGGACUCAAACUUUGUAUAAGCAGUUACUGAAGCAGUUGGGAAACAAAACUUUGGCCACUUUGGCUUACACACAGCCUUAUGACUUUAUUGCGGAUUACCUGUGGAAUACCCCUGAGAGAAAUGCUGUUGUCAAAGCAUAUAUGUACGUGCAAAGGCUGGAAACGAUUGUCGCGCUGGUAUUUUGCGCACCUUUAUUGAUGUUUUCGCUUUGCUUAAGGGAUGCUAAGUUGACCAAUCAAAUUGCCCACACGAGCGUCAAAAACGGUGAGUAUAUCGAUACCGAGGACGAAGACUACAUUGCAAGCUGGUUUUCAUCAACGCUGAAGCGCCCUUUUUCGAAAAAAGAGGCUUGA